AUGGCUGACAAUCAUAUCGAAAUGACGCAUGCUGAGAUGUGGGAUGACUCCGCCCUCAUAAAUUCAUGGAAUGAGGCGCUGGACGAGUACAAAAAAUAUCACAGCAUCCACGCCAAAGGAGGCAAGCUCGAAGACGGUGAUCUCCAGUGGGAAACAGAGCCCCAGACCAUCGACGCGCAAACGAAGGCGGCCGAUCAGCCAGAGAUCGUGGACGACGAUGAGGGAGGCAACAAAACAAAGGGGGCGGCUUGCAGCAGCACGGAUGUAAAACAACCCAUUGCCCCAUCCUCCUCUCCGCCCCAGGUUCAAACAAACCCAAGCGGCGUGGCUACCGCUGAGGCAAUCCCAGGUCCUGCGACAACAGGCCCGCAAAGCCUCCUCGGCACAGUACAAGACGAGGGCCUGAAAAGACUCUUGAUGUCGUGGUACUACGCCGGAUACUACACUGGACUGUACGAAGGCCAGCAGCAGCAACAAUCCAAGUAG